GGCCGUCAUGUGACCCGUGCCAGCCGGCCGAGCAGACAUGAUCCCUCUGCCGCCCGCGCUGCCCUGGGCGCUGGGCCUGCUGCUGGUGCUGGGGCCGCGCGGCCUGGAGGCCGGGGGUGAGUGGGGACCCACGGCCCUGCCCCGGCCCCCGCGUGCCCCCAGGCACUGGGCAGCGCCCCCUCCAGCCCACAGGGUCGUGGAGCCCGACUUCCGGGAGGGCUUCUUUGAGCAGCCCCUGGACCAUUUCAACUUCGAGCGGUUCGGCAACAAGACCUUCCGCCAGCGGUUCCUGGUGUCAGAGAAGUUCUGGAAAAGGGGCGAGGGGCCCAUAUUCUUCUACACGGGCAACGAGGGGGACGUGUGGGUCUUCGCCAACAACUCGGGCUUCAUCCCGGAGCUGGCGGCGCAGCAGGCGGCCCUGGUCAUCUUUGCGGAGCACCGCUACUACGGAAGGUCGCUCCCGUUCGGCGCGUGGUCCACGCGGCGCGGGUACACGGAGCUGCUGACCGUGGAGCAGGCCCUGGCGGACUUCGCCAGGCUGCUCCAGGCGCUGCGGCGGGAUCUGGGGGCCCAGGAUGCCCCCGCCAUCGCCUUUGGUGGGAGCUAUGGGGGGAUGCUCAGCGCCUACAUGAGGAUGAAGUACCCCCACCUCGUGGCAGGGGCUCUGGCAGCCAGUGCGCCCGUUGUAGCUGUGGCAGGCCUUGGCGACUCCCACCAGUUCUUCCGGGAUGUGUCAGCGGACUUUGAGGGCCAAAGCCCCAAGUGUGCCCAGGCCGCGCGGGAUGCGUUCCGGCAGAUCAAGGACUUGUUCCUACAGGGAGCCUAUGACACAGUCAGCCAGGAGUUUGGCACCUGCCAGCUACUCUCUGGCCAGAAGGACCUGAGGCAGCUCUUUGGGUUUGCCCGGAACGCCUUCACCAUGCUGGCCAUGAUGGACUACCCGUACCCCACCGACUUCUUAGGGCGCCUUCCUGCCAACCCCGUCAAGGUUGGCUGCGACCGACUGCUGAGCAAUGACCAGAGGAUCAAGGGGCUCCGAGCACUCGUGGGGCUGGUGUACAACUCCUCAGGCACAGAGCCCUGCUAUGACAUCUACCUGCAGUACCAGGCCUGUGCGGACCCCACGGGCUGUGGCUCAGGCCCUGAUGCCAAGGCCUGGGACUACCAGGCUUGCACUGAGAUCAACCUGACCUUUUCCAGCAACAAUGUGACAGACAUCUUUCCCCACCUGCCCUUCACUGAGGCCCUCCGCCAGCAGUACUGCCUGGACACUUGGGGAGUGUGGCCCCGGAGGGACUGGCUGCAGACCACCUUUGGGGGAGGCGACCUCAGAGCUGUGAGCAACAUCAUCUUCUCCAACGGCGUCCUGGACCCCUGGGCCGGGGGCGGGAUCCGGAGUGACGUGAGCGCAUCUGUCCUCGCCAUCACCAUCCAGGGUGGAGCCCACCACUUGGACCUCAGAGCUUCCCACCCACAAGACCCUGUGUCUGUACUGGAGGCACGCAAGCUCGAGGCCACCCUCAUCCGCGAGUGGGUCAAGGCAGCCAGACACUAGCAGUGGCUCGGAGGCUGAGAGGUGCUCCCCAGCCAGGACCAGAAGACCCGCAGGGGCGUGUCUCGUGGAUCCCAGGCAGGGGUGAGGAGCCGCGGCUGGUCCUCUGCAACUGGAGCUCAGCUGGGUAGCAGGACUGCGGCCUUGCCUGAGGGAGAGGCUGACCAAGCCUGUGGCGGCCCGAGCAUCUGGUGUCUGCCCCGGAGGAGGGAGCAGGCGGAGUGAACACCCUGCACACAACCUCUCAAAGCAGGCACGUGUUUAAUAAAACCACCCGCAACUCCA